GAGGGCAGGACGGGCACAGCACCGCCCGCGCUCCCGCAGCUCCGGCAGAGCCCCGCAGGCUUUGGGGGACCCCCGGUGCCCCCCGGUGCCCCCCGGGGCCAUGGGCAUCCAGGGCAUGGAGCUGUGCGCCGUGGCCGUGCUCAUCCUCCUCUUCAUCGCCGUGCUCAAGCAGUUCGGCAUCCUGGAGCCCAUCUCUGCCGAAGACAGCGGCGAUGCCGACGUGGAGCUGCCGAGCGCCCGGCACCAUCCCGAGGGGCUGGAGCAGCUGCUGGCUCGCACCAAGUUCACCAAGCCGGAGCUGCAGUCGCUCUACCGAGGCUUCAAGAGCGAAUGCCCCAGCGGCCUCGUGGAUGAGGAGACCUUCACGCUCAUCUACUCGCGGUUCUUCCCCCGAGGCGGUGAGUCGGGGGUCCCCGAAGCCCCGGGGGAAGGGGGGGACACCGGGGAAGCGGGCAGUCACCGUGCCGUCCCCGCAGACGCCAGCUCCUACGCCCACUUCUUGUUCGACGCCUUCGACGCCGACCGCAACGGGGCUCUCUGCUUCCAGGAUUUCGCCGUGGGGCUCUCGGUGCUGCUGCGGGGCACGGAGCAGCAGAAGCUGAGGUGGACCUUCGACCUCUACGACGUGAACAAGGACGGCUGCGUCAGCAAGGAGGACAUGCUGCAGAUCAUGAAAGCCAUCUAUGCCAUGAUGGGCCGCUGCACCGAGCCCGCCCCGGGGGCCAGCGCGCCCGCCCAGCACGUGGAGCUGUUCUUCCAGAAGAUGGACAGGAACGGGGACGGCGUGGUGACCUUCGAGGAGUUCCUGGCCACGUGCCAAGAGGACAAGGACAUCAUGAGCUCCAUGCAGAUCUUCCACAGCGUGCUCUAGAGCCUGCCCCCGCCGGAGUUUUUCUGCUGUUUCGGACAAACAGGAGGCAGGAGAAAUGCAGCAAGUGGCUCCCAGAGACGGGACAGGACAAGGACAAGGACGAUGCCACCAGAGCCCCCGGGCACGGUGCUGCCACCCGCCAGCCUGACCCAUUUUGGGGGGCUGAGCCUCCCCUCGACACGGACCCCUCCCCGGCAGUGCAGGGACCUGGAACAGCACAAACCCGACCCCAGGGGGGACCCCGGGACGUGGGGACCCUCAGAGAUGGGACCCCCGGGUGGGGUCUCCAUGUGGAAUGGAGCCCCCAGACACCAACCCAAGCACAGCCCCUGCUGCCCCAGCAGCGUGGGGAGGGCGAUUUUGUAAUAAACCAAGCG